CUGCCAUCAGCUGUCAUAACAAAAAGUAUAACCUAAAAUUUAUACUAGAACCAUAAUAUUAUAUAUUGUGUCUUUUUGUUUUAUUAUAAUAAUUGAACUUAAAUGAAAAUGAAGAAAUCAAAACCGGCACCGCGCCCAAAAUUUGUCAAUGCUCGUAAAGCCUUACGGAAAGAAAAAAGACAACUCAAGAAAGUUCAUAGGCAAGAGCAUUAUUUAAAAAAGAAAAAUGAACCUUCUUUUACUCCCGGUCGAUUUGUUAAACGGCCAGCUGAUACACAAGAACCGGAAAUUGAAGUCAAGAAAAAGAAAGUAAAACACCAACCAGGACUCCAUGAAAUUCUGAAUCGUGAACGGAAGAAAGAACUCAGUGAAGCAGAAAAACUGAAAUCUCAAAUGGAUGAACAAAGAAAACAGAUGCUUGUCAGAGCUAAUGAAGAUGAGGACAAAGUAAUUAAGAAAUUGGAGAAACAACUUGGCUUAAAUAAGUCCAAGAAUAAAAAUAAUUACUUUGCUGAUGACGGACUUGAUUAUCUUCUAGAAAUUUGCGACAGAGCAACAUCAGAACAAAUUGUUGCUGCUGAGAAACAUUUGGCUGAAGUGGAACAGGAUUCAGAUUUUGACGAAGACUUAGCUGCUGUAACUGGUAAAGAAUUAAAUAAAGAUAAAAAAGCGAAAAAGAAAGAUAGAAGUAAGGGAGAGACAGAUGAAAGUGAACAAGAAAUUGAUGAUGAUGAUGAAGAUGAUGAUCAACCACAAAGUGAUUUGGAAGCUGAUGAAGAUGAUGAGAGUCUUGAAGAUGAACAACUUAGUGGUGAAGAAAGUGGUGAAGAUGAUGCUAGUGAUGAAAAUAUUAGUGAUAAUGAUGAAGACAUUGAUGAUAGUGAUAAUGAAGAAUUAGAAACUCCAAAAGGUAUUGAUAAGAAUACACCUAAAAUAGCUAAAAGUAAAGAAAAAGUUGUUAAAGAAGAGGAACUUAGUAAAGUAUUCAGUGAUGAUGAAGUAUCACAUUUAUCUGGUGAUGAUUCGGAAUCGGAGGGUGAUGAAAUGCCAAGUGAGAAAACUGAAGAGAAAGAAAAACCAGAUGUGUGGGAAGAUAUUUAUGGAAGGAAGAGGGAUAAAGAAGGCAACAUUAUAAAGGAAGAAAAAGGAAUAUACAUUCCGCCACAUCUAAGAAACAAAGAUUCCAGUUCAGAAAAGGAAUUGGCUCAAUUAAAAAGACAAAUUAAGAGUAUACUAAACAAGCUAGCAGGCACGAAUCUCCACUGGGCGUGCACGUCCAUAGAGAACCUUUACCUAAGCAACAGUCGCAACUCCGUGAACAGCGCGCUUACGUGUCUAUGGCUAGACGCGACGGUCAGUGUUGCCAACACACCGGAUAGAAUGGUCGCGGAGCACGCGGCGUUAGUGGCGGUUUUACAUGCUAAUGUGGGAUCGGAAGUUGGGGCACAUUUCCUAGAAGUGCUAUCGCAACAGUUCGAUACAUUGACGCUAGACAAUCAGCCAAUGGAGGACAAAAGAUUGGACAAUCUGGUUUCGUGUUUGGCGCAUUUAUAUAGCUUUAAGAUAUACCACGCAUCCCUUCUCUAUGACAUUCUAAACCGUCUCGUACAAGACUUAACCGAAAAGCACAUAGAUUGUAUACUUACUGCGUUACGAUGUGUGGGCGGUGUGUUGAGGAAAGAGGAGCCAUUAGCCUUGAAAACGUUUAUACAAGACACGCAGGGGAAGAUCGCUAAGUUGAAUGAAAAGGCUGGGGCUGGGUCACGUAUAAAGUUUUUAGUGGAAGUGUUGCUAGCUGUGAAAAAUAAUAAUUUGACCAAAAUACCGAACUACGACCCGACUUAUGUGGAACAUUUGAAGAAAAUGGCGAAAGCUGUUGUACGCAAAGGGAACUAUGUGACGCCUUUAAAUAUACGAUUGGAGGAUUUGUUACGAGCUCACGAGCGAGGCAAGUGGUGGGUAGUGGGUUCAGCGUGGGAAGGGGAGAGGAAUAUAGAAGAGCCGGCCAAGCGUGUGCCGGCUCAUGACGAAAAGUUAUUACAAUUAGCGCGGGAACAAAGGAUGAAUACUGAUGUUAGGAGGAGCAUUUUUUGUGUUAUUAUGUCUGCUGAGGAUUACAUGGACGCGUUCGAGAAACUCCAACAUUUAGGGCUCCGCGGGCACCAGCAGAGGGAAAUAGUUCACGUGUUACUCGCCUGUUGUCUGCAAGAGAGGGUCUACAAUCCGUACUACGCGGUACUGGGCAUGAAACUGUGCGACACUGAUCGGAAAUAUCAGUUAUCAAUACAAUAUUCAGUUUGGGACAAAAUAAAGGAAUUGGACGGCCUGUCUAAGCAGAGCAUGAGCAACUUGGCGCAGUUUCUUACACACCUUAUAAUGGAGAAAGGGUUGCCACUUUCUGUACUAAAGAUUAUACAAUUCUCCGAUCUAAACAAGCGCACGGUACGAUUCAUGCGUCAAAUAUUACUAGCUAUAAUAAUGAACGAAGAUCUCCAAGCAUCUCUCGAAGUAUUCCACAGAAUAUCAAAACCGCCAAAAUUGCACAUGUUUAGAGAAAGUUUGAGGUUAUUUAUACAACACUUUUUAAUUAAAAAUGCUGGCAAAAAAAGCAGCGUUUUGAGCGAAGAUGACAUGGCAACACUGAAAGAUCGGAGCGUGGAGGUGGAUAAAAUAUUAACGAUGUACGAAAAUAAGUUGAGAUUUUAAUAAAUUGUUCAAAUGUU